AUGUCAUCUUCAGUAGCACAACAAAAGAGAAAAGGCGAAUUUGUUGUUGGAGGAAACAAUAUUGCCAAAUAUCCAAAUAUAUUACAUUUAAAUAAGGAGCAGGAGAGAAACACAAGUACUGAUCAUAAGAUCAUUGGAUCUCUCACAAAAGAAAUUAUAACAGAACUUGAAGAGAUCAUUGAGAUAGAGAAAGAAGCAAUUGACUUGUUAAAAGUUUCUUUAAAAAAUAUAUAUGAUAUCUUCAACAGACACUUUUACAAAGAAAAUGAACCAAUGGAAUUACCACCAAAUCAAUGGAUUGACAAAUUAAAAGAAGUUGAUGACUUGACUCCUAGAAAUGAAAAUAUUAAUAUGGAUCUUGCUUCUAAUGAAAACAGUAAUGACAUUUAUGAUGAGACUGAUGGCAAUAAUGAUAUAAACAACUUAUUUGGUAAUACUAUACAUGAUGAUGUAGAAGAGUGGUGA